CUCAAUCUUUACUUUUUUCCACAAAAACCACGAAUCCGUCCGACAUCCACGUGCCAUGCCCCCCAACGCCUCCAAGACAGUCUUUGUCGCAAAUAUCCCAUACGAUGUAUCCGAAGAACAGCUUGCCAACGUCUUUUCAGAGGCUGGGCCUGUAGCCAACGUCGAAAUCAAGUUUGAUGCCAACACUGGUAGAUCAAAAGGUUAUGCUUUCGUGCAAUUCUAUGACGAAGCAACUGCCCUCUCCGCUGUGCGCAACCUCCAAGACGCACCCGUAAAUGGGCGAAACCUCCGUGUAGAACUUUCAACCGAUGAACCUGGUCCCCGUCGGCGCGGUCCUGGUCCUGGUGCUGUAGGUGUGGGUGCUGCUCCUGGAGCCGGUGGACCCGGAGUCGGUGGACCCUCUGCAUCCCUCGGUGGUCCUCGGCCCAUGGUCCCAGCACCAGGUCCAGGUGGUGCUCCUCCCUUCACCAGCACCGGCGCCGGCGCACCCGGUUAUCCUCCCCGAGCACCAUUCGACCCCCGUUAUCCCCAAGCCCACUCUCAGUCACACGAGAACACCCCUCCUCCCGCCGGUGUCGGCGCUAGAAGACAAGGCGGGGAUGAUAUCGAUUUGAGGAUGGCGCCUCAGGGUAUAGACUUGCUUCCAGGACAAAAGGCGGUGGAUACGAUAAGCAAAACUUUGGCGGGGAUUGCGCCCGGUCAAAUGGGGGAUGUUAUGACCAGUAUGAAGUCGCUUAUCCAAACAAACCCUGACCAAGCCCGCCAACUCUUGAGCCAACAGCCCCAACUCGCAUACGCCCUCUUCCAAGCUAUGCUUCUUCUCAACCUUGUCGACCCUUCUGUUCUGUCUAGUAUCCAGCCUUUGGCAGCUUCCGCUUCUGCAGCUGCUUCUGGUGGGGCUGCGUCUGUAGCCCCCGGUCCUGGUGGUGCAGGUGCAAGAGCACCCAACUACCCACCGUACCCCCCUCCGACCCAAACCCAAGGUCCACCUGGCGGCCAACAAGCCUUCCGUCCUCCGCCCCAAGCCCUCUAUGGAGGCGCACCCCCUCUUCCCAACCAAAACCAAAAUCAGAACCAAAACCAAAACCCUCCUUACCCACCCUAUCCCUCUGGUCCCGGCGUCCCCGGGGGUGUGUCUGGUGCCGGUGCCGGCAUACCACCUCCCACUUCUACACCCGUACCUCCCACCCCGCAUCCCGCUCACGCCGUCCCAGUUGGUCCACCCGGUGGACCCGCACCACCAGCCCCAGGAUUGGCAUCCCUCCCCCCUGCGGCGCAAGCCGCACUCUCCACACUCCCUCCUGACCAACAACAGAUGCUUCUCCAGGUUUUACAGCUCUCGCCAGCGCAGAUUGCGGCGUUGGAUCCGACGCAAAAGGCUUCAGUCAUGCAACUCCGACAACAAUUCCUCGGGACUGCUUAGACAUAAAAGAAAGAAAAAAAGCAGAGAUACUUGUCCCAAAAAUGCAUGUGUGUGCGUGAGUGGGUCGGGAGAGAAAUAUGGCAGGAAGAUAGUGAGGAGAAGGAAAGUUCCAGAAGAAUGGGAAUGAUACAAGUUAGACACAACAACGAGAGUGGGGGGACCACGACAUAUAGCGCAAAGGAGCAAAA